GAAUGCCUGUACGAUGAAAGUAUGCCGGGACCUAUGCAGGGGGUGAAGAGGCCGAGGUCGGAGAGCUCGUCAUCAUGCCGGGAAAAUGACAUCACAAAAAACAAAUGCUUUGUGGCUUCGCUCACCCAGUGGACAUCCCGCAGAUUCGCUCCCUGGAGCGGACAUCCCUCCGCAGACAGACGUAAGGGACGUAAAUAAAUAUGGCAGAUGGCGGAUAAAAAUAGUGCGGUGGAGUCACCUUGCUGCAUGACUGAGACGAGUUACCCGACCCCUCCGGCAACUUAAACGGGAUCCUAUGACCGCAGGGGUGGAAAUAGCCGCCCGUGUGUGCCCGUACACGCGAACGGGAGACCACGACGACUGUCCACUCCUUUUGGUUCAGGACCCGCCCCGAGGAAGGAUCCCGCACCUUCUCGUUGACUUCAUCUUACGUAAAUAGUGCCCCAGGGGUGAGUUGCAGCUCCUCGAGAGUAUAUAUAAACGCCUACGACGAUCCGCUCUCAAACCACACAAGCUCCUCACCCAGCAAGAAGAGGCCAGAGACCCAGAGAGCCACGAUGCAGUCUUCACUAGUCGAGAGCCUGUUCGCUGGAGACCCCUUCUUUGAGCGCUCCAGAAUUCUGUGGCCCCUCUACCACGGGCCCCUCAGCGACAUGCGCGAGGACUUCAUCCAGAGGAGGAGCGCCCUGGCGGACAGCUUCCUGAAGGAGAUCAGCGGCGUCUUCCCUUACGACUUCCUGAAGGGCGGCGCCCUCGCCUCCUCCCGGCUGGCCGGGCGCCGCGGCGACGUCGGCGAGGCCCGGAGGCCCAGCUCGGAGGGGAACCUGGAGCUGUCCCUGGACGUCCGGGAGUUCUCCCCGGAGGACAUCACGGUGAAGCUGGCGGGGCGGCAGCUGGCCGUCGUGGCCGCCAGCAAGAGCGAGGAGGCGCCCGCCAACCGCAAGGGCUUCGUCCAGAAGAUCAGCCUGCCCGACAACGUGGACCCGUCCGCCAUCACCUGCUCCCUGACCGCGGACGGGCUGCUCAAGAUCGAGGCACCGGCGGUACAGAGGGGGGCCUCGGAGGAGCGCACCGUCCCCAUCCGAUUCCGGACCUCCCUCAACUUCCCCAUCAAUAACACCAACAAGGAGGACGGCCAGGACGUCCCGCAGAAAAACAACUGAGGAAGGACUGAUCUCUUUUAUUUUUGUAAUAUAGAGCGCUGUUUUGUUAUUGACUCUGUGGGUUCGUUUGUUGCAAAAUUUUUAUGUUUAUUUAUUAAACUGAAUUUCAUUUGCA